AUGCAAGACAAGAUCACCAUCGUCACCCCGGAGGACUUUCUGAAUGAGUUCGUGGCCGAGGCCGAUGUCGAGAGGCCAGAAGAUACCAAGGAUAUAUUCAAGUCUUUAGAAACAUUCUCAACCGAGCGAUGCAUGGGCGAGCAGAUCAUCAAUGCGCUCAACGGCGCCCGACUCUGCCCUGAUUUCACCUUCGCCUCUACCCCAUUCACGGGAAGCAAGAAGGCGGCAUUGAAUGAGGUAGUUACAGGAGGUCUAUAUUCGACGCAUGGCGCUCCGGAGCAAAUUUCCUCGUGCGCCAUCGACUGGGCCACGAUCGAGAUGUGUAUCGAGUGCAAAGCGGGUCUUGUCUCCGGUGACCCCUUUGAUGAACGUCGACCCAACAGCGCUCCCGACGCUAAAGAACGUCAGAAAAAUCUCGGCCAGAUUCUGACCCAUUCUCAGCUUGUCUACGACAACCAGCAGCGUACGCACCAGUUCAUGCUCAUUUUCCUCGGGACCUCCGCCCGCAUUGUCUACGUCGAUCGCUCUGGCAUCUUCGCCACCAAGAAAUUCGAUUACAAGAACGACGCGACCCAUGUCGUCGAGUUUGUGUGGCGCCUCGCCCGUUUGGACCCAUCGCAGAGGGGGCACGACACGACCGCCGAGCGCAUUCCGCACUCUAGCACCGUCGGGAAAGCGAUGAAGGCGAUUGCGGAGAAGGUCCCCGACGAUUCCGAAGACUACGCAUACGUGCAGUUCAGGAAGCUGCUCAACUCUUCUUCAACUUGGUGGCGUCUCACGGUGAAGGACGAGCUCGCCGCGGAGGGUGCGAAGAAGGAGCGAAAGUUCCUGGUUGGACAACCCCACUUCAGUGCCCCAGGGGUUUCUGGGCGUGGGACGCGCGGGUACAUCGCUCUCGAUGUGGAUAGUCUCUCCUUCGAUGCGGGUGGUCUUUCUCUGGCUGCGAAUGGCGUCGCCCUCAACGCGGAUAAACUCGGAACACCCAGAUUUGUCUACCUCAAAGAUACGUGGCGGGUUGUGCACGAGGAUAUCGACAAGGAAGGCACCAUCCUUCGUACCCUCAACGGCUUCGAUGUACCCUACGUCCCCACGGUCUUGCACCACGGCGACCUCGGCCAGGUCACCGUUAGCCCUCAGCUCUGGGUCACGCUGAAGAAGCACUCGCACUACCGACUUGUGGUGAAGGAAGUUGGAAAGCCGCUGGAGACGUUCGACACCGGCGAGGAGCUGAUCGGUGUCAUAUAUAGCUGCGUAAUAGCGCACUGGAAGGCUUACGAGAAAGGUAUUAUACACCGGGAUAUCAGUGUGAGCAACAUUCUUAUAUACACGGAUGAGAGCGGCUACAUCUGCGGGCUGCUCAACGACUGGGAGCUAUCAAAGCGCCUCGACAGCCGCGCCUCACAAGGUCGACAACUGGAUCGUACUGGAACUUGGCAGUACCUCUCGGCCGCUGCCUUAGACGAUCCGAAGAAACGAAUCGACAUCCCGGACGAGCUAGAAUCCUUCUUCCAUGUUAUCCUGAACAUGGCUAUCCGCUUUCUUCCCCAUAACUGCGGAGACCACGUCGGUCCUCUUCUCUACGACUACUUCGAGGAUUACAUGAAGACGCCGAAUGGAGAAUAUCGCUGUGGGCUCGCGAAGAAGGUGGUAAUGGAGACCGGCUCAUUCCGGCUCGAACAUCACGCCACUGGGGAGCGAGGAGAACUUACGUUCUUGCUCCCUAUCCCCGACCCAUCGGACGGGGACUCAUCUGACCCCGACACGUCUUCACCGGUACAAUCCGUCGACGGCCUCGUCUCCGACUCAUCUUCACAGCCUGAGGCGCACCCAAUCAACAGCCUCAUUCGCGACCUACUUUGCUGGUUCUCCGCACACUACCGCCUCAAGAAGGAGCUUGAUACCCCCGCUUUGGUGCCUCCGCCCCGGAAGGCAGACUCAACAAAACCCCAGCGGGUAAAGACUGCACUCCAAGCUGGACGAUAUGUUGGUGGUAUAAGCAGUCAUAUCGAGAAAGAUACCGCGAUGCGGGCCGACCUCGAGGAGUUGAAGCGCCUAGCCAAGCCACUGGAAAGCCAUGAGGCCUUUCUGUCGCGCCUCGUGCAAAUAAAUCAAGAGGUAUGGCCUCUCAAGGACGUGGGUCCAGACAAACGUUCGCUAGGCAGAUACGAUCUUUCCCCUGAGAUGUAUUCCACUUGCAUAUCCGUCGGCACCUCCUCUACUGCCCCCAACACCACGUCCGCCACCGUCCCUGAGGCCACUCCUGAACCUGCACCCUUUCCCGCCUCGAGGCUCCCGACUCCGCCCCCUUUGACGGAGCAGCAUCUUGAAACCCCAUUCCCGGCCGCUUACUCCGACGCUGUUCCGCGAGAUGAUUAG